AUGGCUACCGACAGAGGACGAAAAGAACGUCCGUACCCAUUGCAAACACCUACGUCGCCGGCUUCGGCCUACACCGACUCCAGUGCCGUCUCGCCUGCCUUAUCUACAUUCUCUUCCUCUUCGCGAUUGCAAAAUAAGAUGUUCUCAAGCUCCGUCUCUUCGUUACUACCGUCUCCUGGAAUGGGUAUUACGAUGGAGCGUACAGGCUCUUUGCCUAUCCAAUUGGCAGACGUUAAAGAGGAGCGCAAUAAAGAUAUUGAAGAAGAGUACUUUGGAUUCGAUCAAGUUUUCGAGCAUUAUGGAAUACCAAGCGAGGUUUAUGACUUGACAGACCAUCCUGUGUACUACGAAAUUGACUCACCAAAGCGACUGCGCUCAGAGAGUCAAUCAUCACGAGGCUUGCCAAGAUUAGGAACCAGAAUUCCUUCCAUGUCUUCGCGAUGGAUGUCAACAGCGCGAUCGUCCGAGGGAACAUAUGUGACCGAUAUCCUGGACGACGAGGUGCGAUCACGAGCCAAUUCGGCUGCCUCAUCCACUUCUCAAAUCACCUCUAUUUCCCAAGAAGCGCCCGCGUCAGCAAGAAGUUCUCAAGACAAAUCGCGUUUCAGCGGGCACAGCUUAGGGGCGAUAUCCAUCGAAAAAGCCAACAGUGCGGUUGCGGACGACGAAGACGAAGCCGGAGCCAAAGCGAGCACGCCAUUACUUCCGCCUGUUUGGACCGAAUAUCCAUUUACCACUGCCAACUCGGAAGUCGCGUCCCCAUUGCAGUCUCCCACUGUUGCGGACGUGUUCGAUGAGGAUACCUUGCCGGCAAUGACAAGCACGCGUACUUCUAUGCACCGAUCCCCACCACUGUCCACAAAGCCUUCUGUAGCCUCUUUGACGACAAGAGCUCGAGGUAUGACUUUGAGGACGACAAUCUCCGGCGAGGGAGCUCCACCUUUGGUGCUGACUGAGGGAGACGAUGAGUGGUCUGUCAAGCUUGGACAUGCCAACUUUACCAUUCAGCCAGAGCCAUAUCUUCCCGAAACUUCUGACGCGACAACAUUUCGCCAGUUCCGAGAUGACUGGGACUUGGCGCGCACUAACUAUGCCAAGCACCUCGUUCGCACCGGGGAGCACUACGGCGAGACCUCGAUGAUCUACAAGUUCACCAGGGAAAAAUGGGACGCCAUCGAGGAUGAAUGGAAGGAGAAUUUGGAGACCAUUGUCACGAAUGAUGUCAAAUUCGGAGCUAUUCUUGGAUUGACAAAAUCCAACAUGAGCCCUACCGAAGCGAUCAAGAUCCCUCGUCUACACGACAAUGAAAAGUUCCCCGAGUUGGGCGACGAGGAAAUUGUUGGACCCAUGUCAGUUGCACCUGCCAUUCACUCGACUAUCCGAUGCAAGUCACCCCGACGACGAAACGUGUUUCGCUUUUUGCACGGUCUCGUCAACCGUCCUGCACCUGGCAUUGCCGCGAUGCGUGCUUAG